CCACCACGACAUUGCCCGGAUAGGGGCAACGCGUCGACAACUAUGAGUAAGACACCUAUCUCUAUCGAAGAUCUACUUCAAAAGCAAAAAGAGGAGAGGGAAGCCGCCUCAAAGCAAGAUGGGCGUAACGGAAAAGAUGUAGAAGACUAUCGUUCGAGCAAUAGAGCCAAGGAAAGAGACUCUAGAGAGAAUGACGGACGGGGUUCACGAUAUGAUGAUAGGCGCAAGGACUCUCGCCACCAAGAUGAUAGAGAGCGCGAUUCACGACCGAUCCCAACAGGUCCCAGGGCGGACCGAAACAAAGGCCCACCCAAGUUCACCCGUCCUGGAGAAAUGGCACCACCUCCCGCUCCCUCUGGUAACCAAAAGUCAUCCUCCAAUGAGCCCGCUUCCAAUGGUGGCGCGGAUGAUGGCACAGGGAUGUCGGCCACCGAGCUGUCUGCCAUCCGCUCACGCUAUCUCGGAGUCGAUAAGAAAAAGCGAACCAUAAGGAAAAUAAGCGACCGCAAGUUCGUGUUCGACUGGGCGGAACAAGAUGAUACGUUCGCCAUGGACUCUCCCUCCGCUGUUGGUAGUCAACGACAAGGGGCUGCUGUCAUGUUUGGGCGCGGUCACCUAGCGGGUAUGGAGAACUCGUCCGUGCCACACCUCCCGCGCCCUGCUUCUGCAAAUGGAGGACCUACCAAUGCUAUGGUCAUGGACCCUGCGGGAUCGUUGACUCGACGAAAGGAUGACCGUCAUUGGUCGGAGAAGCCGAUAGAGGAGAUGAAAGACCGAGAUUGGCGCAUCUUUAGAGAAGACUUCAGCAUUUCUGCUCGAGGUGGAAACAUACCGUAUCCUUUGCGCUCGUGGGAGGAGUCUUCGAUACCUCCUCAAUUACUAGAUGUCAUUGCUACUAUUGGUUACAAGGAGCCAUCCCCUAUUCAGCGACAAGCUAUUCCCAUUGGUCUCCAAAACCGUGACUUGAUUGGCAUUGCCGAGACAGUACCUCUAGGUUCCGGUAAAACUGCCGCCUUCGUCAUACCCAUGUUGACGUACAUCAGCCAAUUGCCGCCUCUCAACGAUGACAAUCGACACUUAGGCCCAUUGGCUUUGAUAUUAGCACCGACUCGUGAACUGGCCCAACAAAUUGAGACUGAAGCAAAGAAGUUUGCGACGCCACUUGGGUUCAAAUGUGUCUCUAUUGUUGGUGGACGUGCGGUAGAAGAACAACAGUUCAAUCUUCGAGAGGGAGCAGAGAUCAUCAUCGCUACUCCUGGUCGACUGAAAGACGUUAUUGAUAGACAUGUCCUAGUACUCUCGCAGUGCACUUAUGUCGUUAUGGACGAAGCCGAUAGGAUGGUCCACUUGGGAUUCGAAGCUGAUCUUACCUUCAUUCUAGACGCUCUUCCCAGUGACCUUCUUAAAGGUGAAAAUGCAAUGGAGAUCGAUGGAUCCGGUAACAGCAAGGCACGAACACGAGUAACGACCUUGUUCUCGGCCACCAUGCCUCCCGCCGUGGAAAGACUUGCUAGGAAAUAUUUGAAAAAGGCCGCUACCAUCACUAUCGGUGAAGCUGGUCGUGCAGUCGACACCGUUGAACAAAGGGUCGAAUUUGUUCACGGAGAGGAAAAGAAAAA